CGCCUUUCCCCCCCCUCCCACUCGUGAUACUUGGACUCAACCUCUCUCUCGGGCCAAUCAACGACUCCUGUUAUUUGGUCUAAAGUGCUAUGUACGGAAAUGAUUGAUCAAGUGGCAUGAAUGUGGUGGCCGUGCGUUUUUGUAACCCAAAGUGGUAAAGAGAUUGUUCACCCUUCCCCCACUCCGGGUGCCCCGCUACCGACGCAGCGAGCUGCCGCCGUCGGCCCGCAUUGACCAAGGUGUAUAUACACACAGCAGUGGUCCAAGAAAGAGACGCCGACGCCGCUGGUCUCGGAAUAUGCUACAACGCCGCGUCGGUGAAGCCAGUGCUGCCACACCGCCGGAUUGUCUACCCGUCAUGAGCUACACUCUUGUGUGCUGUGUUGUGUGUGAUCGUGCUUGACGCCGCCAAAGGAGUUCUGAUAUUUUCCGCUCCGGGCCUCCUUGUUUUCCUUCGACGCUUGCAUCCAUGUGGGCCGCGAUCUUGUUUGGGUGCCCCGGUCCGUGCCAGCGUGCCUCGCGAUCGGAUUGCUGAGUUUCAUCGCGGCAAACAGAAAAGGCGGUGAAGGUACAUAUGGCGACGGCGGCAGAGGAAGGAGGUCGUCGUGCGGCGACAGGGGUUGGCCUGGCGGCUGGCCCCGUUCAUGUAGCGGCGGGCCCAUGGCUGGUGUCCGGCUCGGGGCGCUGCUGCACGCUGCGCCGCCGCUCCUGCUGCUGCUCCUGGCGCUGGGACCGGCACCGGCGCUGGGCCGAAGCGCCGCCGCACCCGUCGCCCACCACGACUGGCCGCCCGAGCGCAUUUCAGCGUUGGCGAAGCGGAGUGCCACGCAGCUGGCCCCAUAUCCGGCCAGCCGUUACUCUAGGAACCCAAAUCGCACGAUAUGUGGCCACAUCGAGGUGCGCAACUGGGUGAGCAGCCUAGUGGCACAGUUGGGCAACUGCUCAGUGGUGGAAGGCUCACUCAUGGUCAUGCUGACGCGUCCGAACGAAGUCUGGUCAAACGUGAGCUUCCCCCACCUGACGGAGAUCACAGGAUUCCUGUUCUUCUACCGAGCCAUGGGACUUCAGUCGCUGGGACGGCUGUUCCCAAACCUGGCUGUCAUCCGGGGAAAUCAGCUGUUUGAGAAUUAUGCCCUGGUGGUGUAUGAAGUGGAGUCGUUGGUGGAGCUGGGGCUGUCGCGGCUGACGGACAUCCAGAGGGGGGCUGUGCGCGUUGAGAAGAACCCCAACCUGUGCCACGCAAAUACAGUGGACUGGAACCGGAUAGCUCCGCACGCUGCUGACGUCCACCACAUUGUGGACAACCGGGACCCCACGGAGUGCACGCCCUGUCCCGAGCACUGCCCCUCCAGAGAUGGUCGGGUGGGCAUGGGCAGCCGCCUCUGCUGGAACCGUGAGCGGUGUCAGAAAGUGUGCCCUUCAAUUUGCGACCGGAACCACACCACCUGUGACAAUGAGGCCGGCACGCGCUGCUGCGACCCCAAGUGCCUUGGUGGCUGCGGUGCUGGCUCAGAACGGGAGCUGUCAGUCUGCACAGCCUGCCUGCACUAUACCUACGAGAAUGGCUGUGUCAACACCUGUCCACCAAAUACUUAUGUGUUCAUGGGACGCCGCUGUGUAGAUGAGGCAUACUGUCGACGCCAAGAGGCGACAGUGGAAGGCACCAUCUGGACCUUCAUUCCCUUCAAUGGUUCCUGUACGCUUGAGUGCCCACCCAACUAUGUCCGUGAGGGCCAAACAUGUCGCCAAUGUCACGGAAUUUGUCCCAAAGUGUGCUCGAGUUUUCUGGUUGACAGCAUCUCAUCUGCCCAGAAGCUCAAGGGGUGCACCUACAUCAACGGGUCACUGGUCAUCCAGAUUCGAGGAGGAGGGAACAUAAUGAGGGAACUGGAGGCCAAUUUGGAUAUGAUAGAGGAGAUCAGAGACUACCUCAAGGUCACACGAUCAAACCAACUCAUCUCCCUGAACUUUCUGAAGAACCUUCGGAUCAUCCACGGCAAGGCGCUUGACCGAACAUACUACUCUCUCAUCGUCCUGGACAACCAGAACCUGCAGCUGCUCUGGGACUGGUCAAGUCGGCCGCCCAAUCGCACGCUCACCCUAAGCCGCGGCAAGGUGUUCUUCCACAUCAAUCCCAAGCUGUGCAUGAGUGAAAUUGUGGAGCUGAAGAACCACACGACCAUCACGGGUUGGAGCGACCAUGACGUAUCACCACACACCAACGGAGACCGGGCAGCAUGUGAUGUUCACAGGAUCAAUGCCACACUUAGAAAAGUGGGCAACAAGUUUGCUGUUAUCAAUUGGUCCCUCCAAUUCGAGCAAGAGAUCUAUGACAAACGGUCUCUUCUUGGCUACGUGGUGUACUAUCGCGAGGCCCCGUUCCAAAAUGUCACCCUCUAUGAUGGUCGGGAUGCUUGCAAAGGAGAUGUGUGGAAGAUGGUUGAUGCAGACGUAGGUGUUGACGUCCAGAUCAUUGCACACCUCAAGCCAUUCACACAGUACGCUGUCUAUGUCAAGGCCUACACGCUGUUCACAACAACCUCAACACAAGGAGCACAGAGCGAAAUCUUUUACUUCAAGACCCUUCCUGCAUCUCCAAGCCAGCCACAGGACUUAAAGGCACAUCCUUUGAAAGACUCGAAACUGCUCAUCAGCUGGGUACCGCCAAAGUACCCUAAUGGGGACGUCCGGUACUACCGGGUGGUGGGCAUAGCCCAGCCCAGUGCUCCUCAACACCAGUACUUGGGCGAGAGCCGAGACUAUUGCAUCGACCCGGCUCUGGGAAUUCGAGGCAAGCCAGAUAGCAAAGAGCCACUAGCCCCUACACCAUCAGAGCCUGCGGACAAGCCAGCAGUGAAGCCAGUUGACAGUUCACUUCCAAAGCCACCAUCAAGUGACACCUGUGCACCUUGCCCAAGUGCGCGCGAUCGUGAGGUCAAUGAAGAAGAAGUUGAGGAGCGGACAAGCUUUGAGGACGCCGUACACAACACCGUCUUCCUGAGAAGGCCAAAGAAGGACUCGGAACAGACCAGCACAGGAGAACGGCACAAGCGCUCCUACCUGCAAGGUGGAAGUGAGGCAGGGCGGGACAACGACCUGGAGGGGGAGAGCGCACACACUGUUGAAAUCACCACUUCUCCAGCACCGCUGUCCCUGCCCUCCUCAGCUCUUUCGCCUACUCCCUUUAGCUUGCCUUCUGCUACAGCUGGCAGUGGAAGUGGAGGCUCCUUUGUCAAGGACAUGCAGGAUGUCUUCGACGCGUGCGGUUCAUCUAGCGGCAACACAUCCUCUGCAAAACACCACUUUUGUUCCUGGGUGUCGAAUCAGACGCAGAUGCUGCAAGAAGGACUGCAUCACUUCACGGAGUACUCAAUACGGGUCCUUGCGUGUCACAAGAAGUUGCUGAGCCAGGUCAAGCACCCUCUGUACGAUUGCGAGACUGAUGCCAAGUUUGAAAAUGAGCCUAUGUGCUGUAGUGUCGAGUCCCUCACACAAAUCCGCACACUUCCUCUGGCUGACGCAGAUGACAUCGACAGCUCUUCAGUCGUGGUGCAGCACGAGAACACCACCUCAUCUGAUGGGAGCGCCGGCGGACUUUUUGUCAAGUGGGCACCGCCUCCGGACCCCAACGGUUUCAUUGUGUCUUACCAAGUGGAGUACAAAAUGGUCAACCAAGAAAAGUUCAAGCCGUUCCAGUUUUGCGUCUCCCACAGUGAAUUCUUAAGACACGGUGGGCGCGUUAUUCAUGGUCUCGCACCAGGUAACUACUCCUUCCGUGUGAUGGCGUCAUCGCUGGCUGGACCUGGAAACUGGACGCAUCCAGUUUACUUCGUCAUUGCUGAACGCACGGAAGUCAUCUCUCAGGGAGCCAUUAUUGCCAUCUGCUUCGUGGUUGUGGCCAUCAUAGCCGCAGCUGCUGCUGUCAUGUGCUUCAUCUACCAGAAGAAAAAACGAAACCUAGAGGUUCCCAAUGGGCGGCUUCUUUACUCUUCGACAAAUCCAGAGUAUGUCAGCUCAGUGUAUGAACCAGAUGAAUGGGAAGUGCCUCGCGAGUCCAUUCAGGUGGUAAAAGCACUGGGCCAGGGCUCCUUUGGCAUGGUCUACGAAGGAAUUAUCUACAACCUGAAACCGGACAAACCAGAAACAAAAUGUGCCAUAAAGACGGUCAAUGAAAGCGCCACAAUGCGCGAACGAAUAGAAUUCCUCCAGGAGGCAUCUGUGAUGAAGGCCUUCUGUUGUCAGCACGUCGUCAGUCUACUAGGUGUGGUGUCUAAAGACCAGCCUGUGUUUGUCAUAAUGGAACUCAUGUCCCACGGUGACCUGAAGAGCUACCUACGCUCCCACAGGCCAGACAAUGAUCCUAAUGACGAGACCACUCGACCGCGAGGCACUCCGCCCACGCUCAAGCAGAUCCUCCAGAUGGCAGCCGAGAUAGCCGACGGCAUGGCGUACCUGACAGCGAACAAGUUUGUGCACCGGGAUUUGGCUGCUCGCAACUGCAUGGUGGCGGAGGAUCUGACCGUCAAGAUUGGAGACUUUGGCAUGACACGAGACAUCUACGAGACAGACUACUACAGAAAGGGGGGCAAGGGCCUGCUUCCUGUGCGCUGGAUGGCUCCUGAAUCGCUCAAGGACGGAAUCUUCACUAGCCACUCGGAUGUCUGGUCGUACGGAGUAGUGCUGUGGGAAAUGGCGACAUUGGCCUCCCAGCCUUACCAAGGUUUGUCUAAUGAGCAGGUUCUAAAGUAUGUCAUCAGCGGCGGCAUCAUGGAGAAGCCAGAAAACUGCCCUGAGAAAUUGUAUCAGAUCAUGAAGCUGUGCUGGGAGCGCAUCCCAAGGUCAAGACCAAACUUUCUGCAAGUCAUUGAGAUGCUCCUGAAUGACGUGGGACCCCACUUCAAGGACGUGUCCUUCUACCAUACUUGCUACCUCAAAAACCAGGAGAGGUGCUCGUCUGUGCCCACGGAAAAGAAUGGUGCUGGCGCCGCUGCUGGCGACUUUGACGAGGAAGAGGAGGAAGAGAACCUAACAGCAGAGACUCCACUCUGCAACGCUCCCACCGCUGCUUCAGAGCAGCGGCCUCGUGGCUUCAUGCCGGAUGUGUCGUCGCUCAACGACAUGGAUGAAGACCACCUGCAACGUUGCUUCUCUGACGAGAUAGAAGACGACGAUGAUCCCGACAUGGAUGCUGCCGAUCUAGCCUUGGAUGCCGGUGAGCCACCUGUGUCAGUGUACAUGCCACCAUCGCGUGGUGGACAGAAUUCUCCGCUUCGUGAGGAGCAUCAGCAGCGACCAGGUGACGAGCUCCCUCCCUCUGAUGGGAGCAAAGGGAGUAAGGUGAGCAACCUGUCCAAUGGGAGCAUUGUGAAUGGACGCAUGUGCUUUCCGCAGCUUGGAAGCCGGACUACUGCGUGCUAGCACUGGUCCACCUGAGGGCUCUGAGGGUCCCAGGGGUUUUCUGCGACACAGUGGGCGUGCCAGGUGGCUGAUGGGGGGUGAGAGGGGUUCCUCCCAUAGGGAGGCGCAUUGCGCCAUCCCUCGCCUUCUGCUGUCACCAUUGUUCCUGUUUGUUCGCCAUGUGGGGUGGCGUGAUUCUCUUGGGCACCACCUGGGUGCAGCACCCAUCAGCCAGUCCACAUGACAAGGGCCAUCACACUGGCAGAGGAGGAGACCUGACAGAGUGCACCGUGUUUGUGUUGGCCCUCAUGCAACUCACCCGCUGCUGUGAGGUAUUUCUAGUAGCACACUUACUUAAUGCUGCUAAAAAACAAACUGCGGAAAUGCAUUUUUAGCAUUCCGGGUGAUGGCACUGCACGUGAGGGUAGAGUCCAUGGCUUUUCUGCAGUUCUUGUGUGCCUCUUGGGAGAGUCUGGGUCACUGUUGACCGAUAGGGGCUGUCCUGAGUGUGUCAUGCUUGAGGGCUGGACAGCUGCUGUUGAGAACCACAUUAGUCCCAACCAUGUUGAUGGAAGUGUAGCUGCGCAUGAUUUUCUUUGGAACGCCACUGUGAGAGUUGCGCAGGCCUUCUCAGCAGGCCUGUAGCGCUUAUUCUAGCACAUGAAACUGUCAAUUUAAGGAUCACUGCUUAGAUGAUCACCUCAUUUGCUUUGUCAUCAGCACAGAGGUGCGGUGAGCCCCAAUCAUUGUUUAGAUGGAAGGUGUCGCCAUUGCUGCGGUCACGGUCCACUGUGUGUUCUGGAUGUGCUAUGCAUGUUUCCAGUGAACACAAGACGCGGAAUGCCUGCCAUGCAUCGUGAGAGACGUCUGUCGAGUUGCAGUCCAUCAUACAGCCUGAUAUUUGAGCUGUAAGCGGCAGUAACAUUAGCAAGUCGCUGCCUAGCCAUUCUGAUUGUCAAUUUGUAACAGCACGCCGCGUUGCGGUGACAAACAGUUCAAAGACAACAUUGUAGCCUUUUAUUGUAGCAGGAAGUGUGUGAGGAUCUUUUAUGUGAUCGGGCAUUUCCAGCUAACUUGAGUUGUGUAUAAGCUUGCAUAGUCUUAAGGGUGGUUUAGAGAAAUGCCCAUCACAGCAUACCUAUUUUGUGCUAGCAAACAAGGCCGCAGUUGCACUGACCAUUGCUUUUAGGGGGGGAAAAAAAAUAAGCCUGUAUUCAAUGCACAGGCGGCUUUAGAAAUGGGCACUGAAGUUUGCCCUUCAGAAGUGCAAGAGAUUUCACGAUCAAAGGAAGCCUGUCAGGCUGGCACCUCCAGCACUCAAGCACUGUCAAUCUUGCUUAGUGAAAGUGGCCACGUCGUCACUGCACAAUAGCCACGAGGUCAACACUUUGUUGACAGGAGCACCAGAGCAACCCUUCUUUAAGAAGACUGAAAAGCAGCAUCUUUUGCUUUUGCGGUCAUCAUAGUCAUCCUAGAACUUUACUUUUGAAGGUGGCGGUUUUAGCCUUCAGGUAUUUUGAUGACCUGCUUUUGGUAUGGCCUAGCUCAUCAUUUCUUUACUCUUCAUGACAUGUCCAUUUAGGCUAAAUUGUCGUCUCAGGGAGUAUUGCAUUGCCACGACUGUGCAUCCUGUAAAAACAAUGCUGCAUGCAGCCUUGAGACGUCGGCUAGUACAAGCAUGUUUUCCUGCAGUUACUCUCAAAAGAUAAUUCUAUUACUUUGUGUUAUCGCUGAACAAAUGUAUUUAGGGUCACUGCGUACACGUUAAGUAGCACUUCUGCACUCAAUCUGCUUUGGAAAUUGCCCCAUUUCAUUCAUAUGCACUAGCCAUGCAUAUGUAUUUCAUUUCCCUACUUUAAUAUCAAGGCAUUUUGUUUGGAGAGGAAGGGGUUAGGGUAACAGCACAAGGUAUACAAGCGGGUAUGCAUCUGCAUAUGGCAGAAAAGUCAUCUUUUACCCAAAUCAUUGUUUUCAACUUUUUUUUUUAUUUCUUCCGCAUGCUACUGUCUGGUGCUUCAUCAUGCCACCAGAUCUUUCGUUUUUAAGUAUUUUAUGCCACGAUCAUCACCACAUCUAGUCACAUCUUUUGCCUCUUCCUUUGUUUGUACGUAAUUGUGUAAGAUAGUUUCACUGAGCACAGGCGCCUUUGACCUGACAUCACAGGCCUUAAAACCAUUUAUAUAGGGAGUACAGUUUUCACUUAACUGCAGUAGAGAAUGAAUGAGGGGCGGGCCCCAUAGCAAUUUUCUUAACACCUGUGAAUUCAAUCUCCAGCCUCAGUUGCCCUUCUCUGUGGCAAGAUUAUGCUCCCACAAAAUUCAGCUUACUAUCAUGCCUAUGUCGCUCAUGUUUGUGUUUCCAAUCUUUUCCAUUUUCUUGUUGCAUCUGCUUUUGGCUCUUCGUUCGUGUUCAGUCUGCUCAGUGACUGAAUGUAGUGUGAGCUCUUUCCCCCCCCCCCCCCCCCCCCCUCCUUUGUGACACAUUUUGUAUUGGUGUUGUCAGUGCAACUGCAGCUUCACGUUUGUGGUCAAGUGCCCGAACCUUUCCCCACCCCAUGAGCUUCCUUUACCUCCGGCUAUCAAGUUGCAUUGAAAUUAACCUUGCGUUGGUCAUGAAAAUUUGUCACGGCGCACAUGAUAGCUAAAUAAUUUGAACACAUCUGUAACCGUGCACGAAACUAGUGGCUGUGUUGCAGCACGAUUGAUGACUGUUGCAUCUCCUAGGCCGCCCAAUAUCACUCCAGCGCUCUUGUCAUGUGCCUAGCUGUGUGCGCCGCAGCCAUUGCGUGUUGUUGCAAACUAGCGAUCCAGAUGUACGCAGUCAAUUGGCAGUGGCAGAACGACAUUGCUUUCCAUACGGGUGUUUUAUUACCUUCACUUUUGUUUGUUUGUUUAAUCAUGUUGCUUUACCAUGGUUUUGUUGUUCCAGUUGCCUUUAUCACUUUUUUUUUCUUAUUUUAUGCCUUUGCAUGUCCCCCCCCCCCUUGUGUCAUCCUUUUUUUUUUUUUCUGUUGCUGCCUUGUCAUGUUAUUUGUGUUUAUUUCUAGUAAUGUGAACUGUCAUGAAAGGCUGGUGAAAACAGAAAGUGCAUGUACCCACUCAUGUUGUGUUGCUCUUUGGGAGUAUUUGUGCCCUUAUGUUUUUUUGUGGUCUUCAUUAUUUAAGUGUCUCGAAGGCAUCUUCUCUCUUUGUCACCCUUUGCCCUCCUUUCUCCCAUUUGUGCGUGCGAUGGUGCCAAAGAUGGUGGUGAGAAAACAGUGCUCACUGGAAGGAAAACAGCGUCUCAAGCUUUGGUUCGCCUGUAGUACCUUCAUGCGCUUGCCUGUACUCUCAUUCUGUGGCUGUGAUGCCUUAAGUUUGCUUCACAUCUCCAUACAUGUUUCUUUCUUUCUUCUCUCUCUAGUUGCAUGCGUCUUGCAAGGCUUUCAUACUAUCACAGUUUCAUGCUGUUACAUCAUGCUCUCUGCCCUCAAGGCCAUUUGUGGUGUGAGUUGCACCACUGGCAUAUGCAGUGUCAGCCAGGUCUGGGAUGGCCCCGACUGUCACAUUCAAUGCAGGAAGUGACCACCAGAAAUGUGUUUUUGACUGAAUUUAAGGUGUUGCACAUCACUUGGAGGCGCCUUCUUCGCACCCUUAUGAAAUUUAGAUUUGUACAUAAAAGGCCAUCGUCACCAUUAAGGGUUUGUGCACAUUGUGCUGUCUAAAGGAAAAUAAUUAAAGCCAACCUGAGGCCCCUUGCCAUCUGAAAAUUGAGACAUAGCGCAUGUUGCGUGUGGCCAUGUGGGAAAGGAGUUGCAAUCAUAUUUCACAUUGGUUUUAUACUUUUACCCUUUCUUGGGUGUCCUCUAGGAGCACUUCUGGUGUUUCACUUAGUUUAGAGAUGGUCUCUUCAUCUUGGUCUCUUCAUCUUAGAUAGUUGUAGAAAUUUUGGCCUAGUGCCUGCAUUACAUAGAAGUUGAGCUUUAUGUUAAUUUUGCUGAGAUCGUUAUCUCAUGAGACAACUUCCCAAAAAAUUUCAGUGGCAUCUGAUUGUUCCAACUCUACUCUCUCUCUUGGUCUUAUCUCUCGAAAGUCACAUGCGGAUAAAUGCAUUAUCAUGGGCAUCAUGCCAUUGAAUGUGCAUAUUGACUAAAACAGAAUUUCAGGCAAAAUGAAAGGGAUGGCCUGCUCUUGGGACACACCAUAUUUUAUAGCUGUACAGUCUGCAUCACCCUUGUGUGGAGUGUGGGAACGGCGGCCUUCAGGCCCAGCAACUACCGUUAGAUGUUGCUGGCUGGCUCCUGAGUGCCCUAGCAGCCAUCAUUCCUGCACUCUGCAUAAGGGUGUCACCCACUGUACAUUGGGUAAAACUUCAUUGCCCACUGCUAGAACAAAAACCAUCGUCACCUAUUCCACUGUAUGUGCAAAUUUGCUUCCCAUCAAUUUAAUGUUACAUUUUUUUUUCAUUGUGUUGUUCCUUUUCAAUUGAUGCACUCAGUGGCCUAAAGAUCAUAGAAACAACUUCCUCAAAACAGCCUCAUCGCAGCACGUGGUGCCACUUGCAGUAUGUUGUCUUGACUCACAACAGGUUGGACAAGAUGUCACCUCCCCCACCCACCCGUGACAUUACAUCCUGUGGUAAAAAGCUUGCUUGUCUAUGUCUAUGGACUUGGCUAUUUACUAUGGACCUUUUUGUAGCUUACAACUUCCUCGACUAAAUAGAAUGACUUGAUACACUUCUUCCUUUAUGGGCCAUUGAUUUCCACUGUUUAAUUUGAAAAUUUUUCAUCUUUCUUUUUCUUUUUUACAUAUCAUUUUUCCCUGACUGAGGUUUACUUUUAAGCAAGCUGUGUUCCUAAAUGACCCCAGUUUGUGUUGGGAUCCGUCAAGUCAAGGUACAUUCCAAACAUGGUGGACGUUUACUGUUCUUUUUUUUUUCCUGGUAUUUAGAAGGCAGGCCUGUUUGAACUGGUGAAACUUUGACAACCAUCACUAUUAUUGUAUAGACAAGUUGAAUGGCUGCAUAUGCUGAGUGAAAAUCUUGGUCCACCUUUGCAUGAAGCAAAAAGGCAAAUGCUUUUUUUCUACAGUUAAAAUGGCAGCAAAAUUGUGGCUAAUCUCUCUCUUCUUCUUCUUUUUUGGGGUAGUGCGUCUUAUCGUCUAAUGCCCUUGUUUCACUGCUAGCUUUUUUUUUAUUCUAUAUUGUUUAGAUGUAAUUCUUGGAAUUCAUUAUAUAUAACAAUCCAUGCAAGGCAUUGCUUCAGUCUCCUCAUUGCAAUCAGCCCCUAAAAGUUCAGUUUCUAGAGAUUCAACACAUGAAUUUGUAGUCUAGGUAAAAGACCUCAUUCACUUUACUGCUACCUUAGGUGCCUUAGUUUUAAUUCAAGUGGUCCUGAUCUCUUCAUGCUCUAUAAAAGCCUAUCUUUUAGUGCAGACUUAUUUUAAUUUCAUUUUAGUUGCAGUGCAUUGUAUAAUCAUGCUACAAUGGACUUCAUUUAUUUGGCUUUUUUUAUGUCGGCACAUUCUUCUUGCUGAAAAACGAAGCUAGCUUUCAACAAAAAAUACUUCUAUUGAAUAUUCAGAGGUGAGCUGCAAUCCUGGCAUGCAACCUAAGGUGAGGUUAUGCUUGCAUGAAAGGGAAAGAGUCAUCAUGGCCGCAUCUCAUGACAUCCUUCAGACUUAAAUAUGGACUCUGGUUUCUGCCGUUGCUAUUGCUUUUUCUCUUCCAGUUAAGAUUUUUCUGGUGCAUCUCUCGUGUACUGCACUGCCCGGGCUGACCCUUGUGAAGUAACAACUGUCGGUUAACCCUGUCAGCCCAUUUCGUGUGCUCGUUGGUAGUUAAUAUUUGUGUUCAUACAUGUACACAAGGUGCAUAUUGUGUCCGCAUCACACACACACGUGUGCACACACAUACGUGUGCACACGCACACAUUUUUUUGCUUUCAUCCCAGCGUUAUCAACAUUGCAACAUAAUCCCACUGGGCAGCAAAGCGGUGCAUAAUGUCAUCCACAGAACAAAUAUACAUCAUUCUCUAGCAUGCUUCUCAAGACAUAUGGAGUUGUGCACUGUACGGGGUCUAUCAACGCCUGGCUACUUGGUCGGCUUGCACCUAUUUGCUCACAUUAUUUUUUCUCUCUCUUUUUUGGUGAAUGCCUUCACAUUUGCAACAUGAGCAAUGCGCAAGACAUUUUUGCAUUCUGCUGGACAGGAAGCUGCAUCCUUUUCACGCUGUUCUUGUUCACAGCAACCUGUGUGCUUCAUCGCAUGGCAUCGCCAAGAGCGUGAGAGAGGAAGAGCAUAAUGUGAUGAAGGUGGCAUCAUCUCCCAUUCUUACAUUUAAUAUGCCAGGCUCUCUAAGAAGCUUCAGUUCUUUUUUUUCCCUUUCCCCUUUCUUUCUUUUUUUUCGUGUGAAACACCUGUAGCACAAAGAGUGUCUAGCUGUUCAGAUCUGCCACUUGCUCAGUGCUAUGAACACACUACAUAUGUGAAAAUCCAAUGCCUUUGCGUAGCAGCUCGAACGAGGUGACGAGACUGUUGGAAACCGUAGCAGAAUUAGAGGCCAUUGCCGUUUUGGAGUUCAUACACUAUCUGGCCACACGUGUCUGGUGUUGUGUCUGCAGUGCCGCUUUGCUAUUUCCGUGGUAAUCGAGGUGGAUGUCAGUGCAAACGUUCUAUGCUAUGCGAGUGCGUGCAUGUCAAAUGUACUUAAAAAAAAUGGCAUGUGUAUCUAUAUGCCAGGGAGGUUGAAGCGUGUGCAAGUUUGAACACACUUGUGAGAGACGCUGUGUGAACGUAAAUUCUAGGGAAAAUGCGACAGCUUAAGUAUCUAGGACAGCAUUAAUUCAAACAACUGCGGGGUGAAUUUAUGCACUCCUUUUUGUGACAGCUCUGUAUACAUGCACUGAUCCCUUAUUCGCAAUUUGUGGUUAGCAAACUUUAGGCAGCCACUGGGUACUGGUGAGUCACAUCCCCUCCAUUUUUUCCUAGUUUUUUUUUUUUCCCUGACAGACAUCUUGGCACUUACAUGUACAUUUCUUACCAUGAUUCAUUCUUACUUUUUAAUGACAGAAGAAGUGUAUUUGUGCAGCGUGCAUUUUUAAAAGAGAAGAAUGCUUUCUCCGCCACUGGCUCUUGCACUCUUGUUUUUCUCUGUCCUUGUGAUGUAUAUAGUUUGUAUUUAUUUCAGCUGAAGCAGCUGUGGAAAUGUGUGUGUGACAAUGUUUCUCACUUUUCUUGUAUUGCCUUAUCUCUUUCUCUCCUUCCACUUAUUCGAGGCAACCCCUCCUCUGACAUGUGUGUACAUAUGUAAGAUAGGACACUGCAUCAUCUUGUGUUGGUAUGGCGACAUUAUACCAUUAUGUGUAAAUAUAUACAUAUGUAUUGUAUAUGGGGGUCAUUGACCCAAUUUGGACUUCAGUGCCAAUAUUAUGCGUCAUAAUAAACCAUUAUUUAUUUCUA